AUCCCCGGCGGGGUAGUAGUUAAGUUUGCGAAGCUCUCUCGAGGGAACACAAGCAAAGUCAUGAAAUUGUUUAUCGCGCUCUCCGUUCUGGUGGCCGUGGCCUCGGCCCUGCCACAGUUUGGCGGCGGCAAUGCCAAUGCCAAUGCCAAUGCCAACGCCAACGCCCAGGCUCAAGGAUUUGGAGGCGGCGGCUUCGGCGGACGUCCUGGAGGCGGCUUCGGAGGCGGCGGUUUCGGCGGUCGUCCUGGCGGCGGCUUUGGAGGAGGCCCUGGCUUUGGAGGCGGUCCCGGUGGUGGCGGUGGACGUCCCGGCGGUGGCUUCGGAGGCGGCGGCUUCGGUGGACGUCCCGGCGGUGGCUUCGGAGGCGGUGGCGGUGGCAGUAGUUCCGCAUCCGCAUCGUCCUCGGCUUCUGCUGCCGGUGGUGGUGGUCGUGGCGGCGGCGGCUCCGCAUCCGCAUCUUCCUCUGCCACUGCCGGAGCCGGCGGACGCGGUCGCGGUACUCCGGACACGCAAAGCAUCAUGAAGGUCUUCGUCGCUCUCGCCAUUAUUCUCUCCGUGGCAUCGGCUGCCCCACAGUUCGGUGGUGCCGACGCCAACGCCAGUGCCAGCGCUGCGGCUCAAGGGCAGGGCGGCAACGGCGGUGGAUUCGGAGGACUUGGCGGACGUCCUGGUGCUCAAUUUGGAGCUGGAGGCUUCGGUCGUCCCAACCAGGGUGGAAACGUAGGCUUCGGCGGCCCCAACCGAGGUGGAAACGGUGGCUUCGGUGGUCCAGGAGGCUUUGGCGGUAAUGCCGAUGCUAACGCCAAUGCAGUCGCAAAUGCCGAGGGAAAUGGAUUUGGAGGAGGCAAUGCCAACGCCAACGCCAAUGCCAAUGCCAGUGCCAACACCCGCGGUGGCGGCAACGCCAGUGCCAGUGCCAGCGCCGUGGCCAACGCUGUUGGCAAGUAAUCCAUUAAGACGAUCUGAAUUUCCCAAGUGAUUUUGUUUUUUAAUAUUUACAAAUAAUUACAAAUAUUUAAAAAGAAAA